GACCCAGAAAAACACAAUCUUUUUGAAAUCAAAGCAACAAAAAGAAGCGGAGAGGAGAGAUUGACACAAAGAAACACACGUGAGAUUAAGAAACCUACACGCAUGAAAUUUGAAGCAGCAGAUAAUAUCAUCACAUUGAAGAGAAAGGCUUGUCUGGUGUUCGGCCUUCAAAACAACCAACAAUGCGAAGCAGCCCAAUCCCAUCACCACAGACUGGUAUAGGAACUAGAGGAAACCAACGGCACAAAGACAACACACGUGGCCGACAUGCAAAUCAAGGUGAAGACUAGAAGAAAGAAGAGAAUAUCCUUAAGCUAGUGGAGAGAGGAAUGAUGAGGUAUAGCACAGUGGAUCUUUCUUACUUUGCUUGGUCCCGCUUGAUUAAUUUAGGACUUCAAUUUAUAUUUUUAUUCAAUCAAAAGCAAGAGAAAAUGUAAAUUGCAUAUUUGUAAGUAUUUUUGUUUUGACAAAAGGGGAAGAAACCAUCUAUAUUGGAGUAAGAAAUUCAUGAAAAUGAUUUUAAUUUAAGGUUUAAGGCUUCACAAUGAAGAAAAAUAGUCUUAAACCAUGAACAAAACCAAACCCUUUGGAUCACGGUUCCGUUUAUCUACGCAGUGAAAACUAAGGUUCAAGUCAGGGAAAAAAAAAACAUUAGAAAAAAUAUAUAUGACUUUUAACUUGAAAUACAGUUGAAAACGCAGCAAACUAUAGAAAAACCAUCGAUAAGUUUUGAAAGAGUAAUAAGAAAAGCACUCUUUUGGUAGUUAUAAGCAUUAGCCUCUUGCAUUUGCAUGCUUUCUGUGAAAUCAAUCAUGGAAGACCAAUUUCUAGCAUGUUAAUUAAUAAAGAGAAGAGGAGGGAGAGAGAGAGAGAGAGAGAGAGAGAGAGAGAGAGAGAAGGUGAUUGGUGCCUGCUGCCUGCUACCUCAUCUCGCUUCCUUUUUUUUCUUUUUCUAAAUGUUCUAUCAUAAUAUGCUUUUGAUACAUUACCAUGUUGACUAAUCCCAACCAACCACUCCCUCUCUCUACCCUCCACUAGUCUUGGUGAGGUGAGACACAGAGAGGAAGGAAAGAGACUCAUUUUCUCUUCUUUUAGUUGUUGUGAGCGUGUGUUGUCUUGCUAGUUGAGUUAACAGAAACCCACACUACCAUAACCUCUUCCUCUCCCUUCAACCAGUAGGAUUACAUGCAUGGAACCUUUUAGUCAUUUCUUGAACAUCACAUAUGUGCUUCUCAUGUUCAUGUACUCUGAUGGGCACAUGCUUGUUCCUGAUUCUUAAGUUCCCACAGUGCUAUAUCCUUGCUGCCUUUAUUAUAUCAGUCCAAGUUCGAAGAAUAAAAUUUGCAGCUUUUUCAUCACUUGUAAUUAAUGGUUCUGCUGCUGCUUGCUUGAAAUCAAACCACUGCUGGUAUGUACACUCUUCUUGAUAUGUACUUGCACAUGCUUCCUUCUUCAUUAUGUGAACAACUAUGUUUGGUCCAGUCUUAUUGAUGAUGAUGAUGAUGUACAGUUGUAGAUAAUUAAGUUGGUAAAAUGGGAAAAAUUAGGGUGACUUGAUUGACAGAAACCUGCUCGAGUCAAUAUUAUUGUCCCCCACUCAAUAGCCAAAACACAAAAGCUCAAGGCGCUUUUUUGUUCUGUUAUAAGCAGAUAUGAGAGAUUCUGCCAUGCUUUGGCUAGCUAGAGGAUAAAAAAAUUAUGGAAAAAAGAAACUUUACUGUAUGUUUUUAUUAAAUAAUUCCAAUAGAGUAUGGACAAGGAGAAAAUUAUAAAAACAUUCUGGGACCUUGUAGACAAGUUCCUUUAUCAAUUUCGUUAACAUAAGUGGUUAAGUGCGCAGUAUCACAUUGGAUGACAAUUAAUGAUUCUGUAUUGGCAUAGGCACGGCUCACCUUUUUUUUUUUUUUUGAUAUUAUAUGGUGUUUAGAAGAAAGUUCUUUUAGGGCUUUAGCUUCAAGUACCUGGUGUUGUGCUACAUUACCACUGUGUUUCUCUUUUACCUCCAUAUCUGUUGCCUGACAGACCACUAGGUUAGAUUUCAACCAAUUUUAAAGGCACCUGGACCAACAUCUCAUUCUAUCUGGACCACCAAUACCUAAAGGUACAGUUUUCUCUUCCUAGAUGAGGGAUAGGGAGAACAUUUUUUUAUUUUCAAGUAUGAUAUUGAACCAAAUUCAAGCCAACCUGUGAUAUCAUUACCAUGGAGGAAAUCAGAAAAAUUGGUUCACCUUCCAUCUGUCUAGCAUUAGUUUGGAAGGAUAUUCGGGCUGCUGUACAAUAGGAAAGAUCAUCGAAAGCAUAUCAGCUUAGAUUCUGCACUAGUCAUCCUGCUUAGAGAAAGUUAAAUCAAAAUCUCCAAGUCAUAAUGAUGGAAGUUUGUGUCCUUUUCUUCUUAGAUGUCAUCCAUGUUUUUUAUAAGAUAUGGUUUAAAGAGAUUUGAUUGCAUGCAGUAUCUGUCUAUCUUUCUGACUUCAUGCCACCAAAUAUAUAUGGCAGCAUUUACUUCAUAUUUAUGGCUUCAGGUACCAAUUAAGCUAGGUAACACUGGUUAUGUUGUUGCCACCAAUCUAUAUUCCCUGAGCUGUAGAGUUCAGUCCACAAUACCAUCCUCUUCUUGGUUUGUUGUGGUAUGCCCUAGAGCCAUUGAGUGGUCACCUGCUGCAAGAGUAGGGUCGGUGUAGGAUUUAAUGUUCUAUGUUAUUGCCCUUGACCAAAAAAGAUUAACCGUAAAGAAACUAAGACCAAGAAACCGUUACAUUCAAUUCCAAGGUGUCGACAGAUUCACAAAUCUACUUCCCAUUCAAUUUGGUUAAAUUGGAAGAUCUAUAUGUUACCCUUUCAAGCCGAAAAUUUACCUGUUUUUAAGAAAGAAUAAACUUUUGUUGCCUAUGAAAUGGCCCCUUUCAAAGAGUAAAUAACCAAGACACCAAUACUUUUAGAUCUGUCCAUAGAUGGCUGAAGUGGCUAGACAUACAGCUCCAUCAUGUACAUAUGGACUGUAUGCUUUGAUUUGAUUGCAAACCAUAAGGGGCCAAGAAUCACUUUAGUUUUCCAUUUCCUAAAUAAGCUUGAGGACAUACUUCGGCCAUCUAAUUGGGAGCCAUCAAGCAUCAACACAGUUAUGGUAGGUAUUUGCUCAUCCUUUCUUAUUCCAAGCAUGGAUUAUGAGUUGGAUUUUGUCAGCCAAAAUUAUCAAGCAUCUCCUUUUGACAAGGAAUAUUUGAGACUUUAGUGUUUCGUCACCAAUUCUCAGGAUCUUCCAUUUGUAACAUGACUACAAUACUGAACUUUGUAAAGUUUACUUGACGGGGGUGUCAUCGGACCAUCUUUCAUGCAUCGAGACUACUUACACAACAUCUGUUACUAUAAAAUAGAAAUUACCUAUAUAUAUACAUAUAUAUAUAUAUGUAUAUUGUCAUUUUAUUAUACUACAUAUAGAAAGGUUGUGGACUGUUGUGGUUGGUGAGGUAAUUGCCGAGGCACAGCCAUACAUUUACUGCUUAAAGGGGUUUUGGAUUCUGCCAAAUCCGACACCACCGGAAUAUCAGGUAAAACUCCAAAACUUCUGUUGUUAGACUUAGAGGGCUUGUCUAGUAGAGUUUUAUACAGGAAACAUUGAAGAUGGUUGGGCCCUUGUUGGAUUAAAAAGGCUAGGCGAGUUUCUUCUCCUUUUCUUCCCCAUCUUUCUGAUAAUUUUGGCCAUAUCUGUGAAGCCACUACAUGGUGAUGAAUUUUUUCUUCAAAAUUAAAUGCUGCCUCAUGUGUUGAUGAAGUUGUUAGAUUACUGCCCUUUUGCCUUGGCAAUCAUUGUGAGUGAGAUCUCAAAAGGGCAUGCUCCAUUGUUCUGAAGUUAGAAUCUCUCACUAUCUUUUGAUCAAACGAAAAGAAAAUCGCAAAAAUGAAGUUUAUGAAACUUGGGACACGGCCAGAUACCUUCUUUACAGAAGAGGCAACCAGGUCUGUGAUAUCAGAUAUAACUAGUGACCUUGUUAUACGAAUCAAUAACAUCAAUUUUCUUCUUCAUCAGCUGCAGUUUUCACUUCUACCGAAGUGUGGCCUCUUACAGAGGCUAUGUACAGAUUCUGAAGAUUCAAAUACUGUUACAAUAGAGCUGCAUGAUAUCCCUGGAGGGGAAGAUGCUUUUGAGCUGUGUGCUAAAUAUUGUUAUGGAAUAACAAUCAACCUCAGUGCUCAUAACUUUGUAUCUGCAUUUUGUGCUGCAAAGUUCCUUCGAAUGACAGAAGCUGUCGAGAAGGGAAAUUUUGUCCUUAAACUUGAGUCCUUCUUUAAUUCCUGCAUUCUAGAAGGUUGGAAGGACUCCAUUGUCACGCUACAGACAACAGUCAAGUUGACAGAGUGGUCAGAGAACCUCGGAAUCGUCAGAAGAUGCAUUGAUUCAAUUGUUGAAAAAAUCCUCACACCCCCUGCAAAGGUAACAUGGUCCUACACUUAUACUAGAAAAGGGUUCAACAAGCAGCAGCAAUCUGUUCCCAAGGAUUGGUGGACGGAGGACAUAUCCGAUCUUGACAUAGACCUUUUCCGAUGCAUAAUUAUAGCUAUUAAAUCAACAUAUAUGCUCCCACCACAGCUCAUUGGUGAAGCUUUACAUGUUUAUGCCUGUCGUUGGCUACCGGAUGCUACAAAGAUUACACCUCCAGAGAGCUCAGUGUCUCAGACUGACGAUGUUGCAGAAAAUCAUCGAAAAAUUAUUGAAAUCAUUGUGACUAUGAUUCCAGCAGAUAAAGGGUCAGUUUCAGUUGGCUUCUUGCUAAGACUUCUUAGCAUUGCAAGUCACCUAGGUGCAUCUGCAAUGAUAAAGACAGAACUUAUAAGGAGAUCUAGCCUGCAAUUAGAGGAGGCAACAGUUAGCGACCUGCUAUUUCCUACACAUUCAUCCUCCAAUCAACAUUAUUAUGAUAUUGACUUGGUUGCAGCAGUGCUGGACAGUUUCUUGCUGCUAUGGAGAAGAACAUCACCUGCACCUAUCGAAAAUUCCCAGUCUAUGAGAUCAAUUAGAAAGAUUGGAAAGCUUAUUGACACUUACCUUCAAGUGGUUGCUAGAGACAUCAACUUACCAGUAUCAAAAGUUUUAGCUGUUGCUGAAGCUUUGCCAGAUAUUGCUAGGAAAGAUCAUGAUGACCUGUACAAGGGAAUCAACAUUUAUCUCAAGGAGCAUCCUGAACUGAGCAAGGCAGAUAAGAAGCGUCUAUGCAGGCCUCUAGACUGCCAAAAACUCUCGCCAGAAGUCCGUACCCAUGCUGUAAAGAAUGAGCGCCUGCCAUUGAGAACAGUCGUGCAAGUCCUAUUCUUUGAACAAGACAAAGGCUCGAGGGCAAAUGAUCAAAGAAUGUCAGCACAGGAGCAACUACUCUCCAGAGGGAAACAGAUACCGUUAGUGAGGGACGAGCUAAGUAAGCUACAAUUAGAACAGCAUGAACAAACCACCCCACUGGAGGGAAUAGGGAAAACACCAGCACCAUCCGAAAGCAGCUCAAGAAAUCAUCAAAAAAUGAAGAGAACAGAUAAAAAGAUAGCGUUGGAGUCAGAGAAAAAGGUGGUGAGGGAAGAAAUAGAGGAAGUAGAAACUAAAGAUGGAGGAAGCUCAGGAAGCAAGAUUAAUGCCAAAAAGAUGAUGAAAAACAGAAGUGGAUCAGACCAUAGCCGUGAUAAAAGUAGAGACAGGUAGAUAAAUUUAGACCAUCCCGAUCAAUUUUCUCUUUUCUUGUUGGAAUCAUGUUCUUUCUAUAUAAAAAAGAAAAAAAGAAUGGGUUAAGUUUAGCUUAUCCAUCUGUGUUAGUAAUCUUUUAUACAGAGUUGAAAGCUCUAUGCAGAUUGCAUUUUUGUUUGUUUUUGAUUUGAUACAUCAACUAUAUGCCAUAUUUGUACUGGUUAAUUUGCAAUGUCAAAUUACUACUGAUUAAUCAAACAGUUCGUAUGAUC